AUGAAAUUAUGCUGCGAAUUAUGUACCACUACUGAAGUUCCUUUACAAAUAAUUUGCUUUACAAUUCAGUAUGAUCGUCUCCAAUACGUACUUUACGAAUUGGAAGACUAUUGCAAGCGAGCGAAACCAGAGGAGAGAAAUAUUUUUCAUCGAUACAUUAACAGUUGUAAAUCGAUUUAUAUAGGCUCAUUAUGCGCUUUCACCGUUACCGCCUUGUUGCUCAUCAUCAGUCCUAUAGUAGAACCUCAUCCUUUUCCCAUUGAUAUAGAAUAUCCGUUUUCUGUGGACUAUCAACCUUUAAAGAUUAUCAUUUAUCUACAUCACACAUUACUCAUAUAUCAAAGUUAUACGCAGGUAUGCUCAAAUGUUUUUAUCGCACUUCUAUUAUGGUUUGUGUCAGCGAGAUGUGAUAUCUUAUCAAAUAGAUUUCGAGCCGUCACAAAAUUUACCGAAUUGCGAGCAUGUAUAAAAGAACAUCAAGAGUUAUUAUGGUAUGGAAGAAAAGUUACGCUUUCUAUUCGAUAUGUAAUAUUAGCGUCGUUAGCUGUCAGUACAAUAAUAAUUAUUUUUGCUGGUUGCACUUUUCUUAGCCGACAACCAAUGUCAGUAAAAUCAACAUUUUUCAUUUUCCUCAUGUCGGCUCUUGCAAAAGUAUAUUUAUGUGCAUGGCCAGCCGAUUAUUUGUUAAGUGCAAGCACUGAUAUUGCACAUGCUGUAUAUGAUUCGAUAUGGUAUGAGAGGAAAGUUGAUUUCCAAAAAAAUUUUGUACACACUCUAUUGCGUGCGCAACAUCCUAUAACUGUAAACGUACCUUGUAUGCUACCGACUGUUUCAUUAGAUUAUUAUGCCUCAAAAUAUGACAAAACUAGACAUGCCAGCAGAUUGGUAACAGAAACCGAGCAAAGUCCUGCAUAUCCUGAUGAUUUAGAGUAG